AUGGUGUGCUCCUAUCUUGGUUCUUCUUAUUUUCUCUUAGUUUGCUCUCUACUUGCUCUCCUUGUUUCCGGGUCUCAAAUUCAAAGAACUUUAUUGCCUAUCAUAUCCUUUGAUGAAGGAUACAACCAACUUUUUGGGGAUGAUAAUCUGGUCAUUCAUAGAGAUGGAAAAACAGUGCAUUUAUCUUUAGAUGAGAGGACAGGGUCUGGAUUUGUUUCUCAGGACUUAUACUUACAUGGAUACUUCAGUGCUUCCAUCAAGUUGCCUGCAGAUUAUACUGCUGGAGUCGUGGUUGCUUUUUAUAUGUCAAAUGGUGACAUAUUCGAGAAGAACCAUGAUGAAAUUGACUUCGAGUUCUUGGGUAAUAUAAGAGGCAAAGAUUGGAGGAUACAGACAAACAUUUAUGGCAAUGGCAGCACCAGCGUAGGCAGAGAAGAGAGAUACAGCCUCUGGUUUGAUCCCUCUGAUGAUUUCCAUCAGUACAGCAUUCACUGGACCGAUUCUCGGAUCAUAUUUUAUGUGGAUAACAUUCCUAUUCGAGAGGUUAAAAGAACAGAAUCUAUGGGAGGGGAUUUCCCUUCCAAGCCAAUGUCUUUGUAUGCAACAAUAUGGGAUGGGUCUGACUGGGCUACCAAUGGAGGCAAAUAUAGAGUGAAUUACAAAUAUAGCCCUUACGUCACUGAAUUUUCUGACUUUGUUCUGCACGGCUGUGCUGUCGAUCCAAUUGAGCAGUUCCCAAAAUGCGAUAAUACUGAGUCUCCUCAGGCAAUCCCCACCAGUGUCACGCCUGCGCAAAGAAUUAAGAUGGAGAGUUUGAGGGCCAAGUAUAUGACAUAUUCCUAUUGCUAUGAUCGGGUUCGGUACAAGGUUCCUCCAUCCGAGUGUGUGAUUAUUCCCAAAGAAGCAGACCGACUCAAAUCUUUCGAUCCUGUUACUUUCGGUGGAGGCCGGCGCCACCAUGGGAAACGACACCACAGGAGUCGGGCAAGUCAUGUGGAGGCCAUUUCCAUUUGA